AGUACAAAUCAAGAUGGCAGCUCCUACGGCUUUGGCAGUCUUAGAGUGUAUUAAUAGGUUUUUGAAUACAAGAAGGUAUCAAGAGGCUCUAGCACUCAUUAAAGGCCUGAGAAAUGGAGCAGUGUAUGGUGCUAAAGUCAGAGCUCCACAUGCAUUGGUGAUGACAUUUCUUUUUGGAACAGGAAGCUUUCGUCAACAAAUUAUGUCUAUCCUGAGAGCAACCUACACACACUCCAAGAACCUUGGAAUUUAUGUUUUUCUGUACAAGUCAAUGUUGGCCAUUAUGCGAUGGUCAGAGGGCAAAGUGCAUCACCUCCAUCCACUAAUAGCUGGAUUCAUCGGUGGUUAUCUCAUCUUUGGAACCAAUAAUAAAGUCAACAGUCAGAUAAACAUGUACGUUCUCUCUCGGAUCCUGUUUGGCUUUGGUCGUCUUGCUGUGAAGAAGGGUGUCAUAUCUGAACCCAAACGCGACCCUUUUCCGAUAGCUGCUGCUUUCAUCUGGGCAAUAGUCAUGUGGCAGUUUGAGAAUCAUCAAAAGGUUCUGCAGCCAUCACUACAAAACUCCAUGACAUAUUUGUAUCAUGAUUCUAACAUAUGGCACAGUUUGAAGGACUUUAUCUGGCACAAUAAGUUGUGAUUGCCAUGGUUAUUCAACAGCUGAAACUGUCAAUCUCAAAUAUGAAAUUCUUGCAACCUGUUCUCAGGAUGCAACAUUUGUUGGAAUCAGGAAUUUCUUAUCAGAUCAGUAUUUUGGAUCACUUUAUGUAUUCUACAAACAUGUUGUUCUGGAGACACAGUCGAAGCCUAUUAUAUACCGUCACAUUUGGGGUCAUUUUCUCAAAUUGAAGCAUUCUAAUGUAAUAUUGAAAAAGCUCAAGGUUUGCAACUUUACCAGUGAAAUUCAGUUGGUUGUCAAAACACUCCAAUGACAUGAAGAAAAUGAAAAUUCAAAGAGGGGCUAUUUAUUAUUUACUUUGGAGGAAGUUAUUCCACUUUACUCUGCUUACUCUGUGUAUAGAAGCAGAAUAGGCAAUGAAUGAAAUCAUGAUUCAAAGUCACAUGUAGAAUGGAGACAGUUAAAGCAUUGAUUCUCAACCAACUCAUUUUACUACAUGUAGGUAAGAAAAAAGGCUGGUAAUGAUCGAUAUUACACAGCAUUCAGUAAUGCAUCCAGAUCUCAUUCAGUAAAAGGACGACGUGUUUGAGAGAUGUUAGGAUUUCCAGCUAUACACCUUUGACAUAAGAAUAACUAACUUGCACAGGGUGUCCGUUUGAGCUACUCAAAAACAGACAUAUUUAUCUUGCUAUGUCAUUUCUAUUUGUGUGUUUCUCAUGGGACUGAUUUAUAGUAGAUAAACCAUACUUUUAUCGUUCAGUAAAUUUUUCGGAAAUAAAUUUUAGUAUUUUUGGGUUUACAUUUUUGUCUAUGUCAUGUUUGAAUUUAAUGAUUCACGAAUGGAGCGCCAUGAUGUUUCACAUUAUUUUUUACGUAAAGGUCUAAUUUAUUUUACAUGGAAAUGAUGUACAGUUUGUAAAAGAAAUUAAAAUAAAAACGGAAGAGAACAUGUAUAAAAAAUAUUGUUGGUAAUGACAUGAUGUUCCUUACGUCCACUGACGGAAACGGAUCUGGACUACAGUUAUAAAAUGAUGCAGCUCAGGUCAGAGGUCACAAGCUUCAUAAUAUCGUGAUGGGAAGCCUAGUGAUGUCUUCAUAUUUUGUUGUCUGUAUCGCAACAUGUAUGUACAACAUGAGGGGGGUGAAUGCAGUUGAACUCAAUGGAUAGACAUGGUUGAGAAAAUGAAGAUUAUGACGUGGUUUUUCGUUCUGCUAUUAAAGUUGCUACCUUGUCAACGUGAACGUCAUGCAAAUCAUUCGUAAUCAAUACAGAUCAUGCUCCAUGUAAAUCCAGAUAUGGAGGGUGGGUUGGAUGGAUUCACGAAGAGUUUUGCAGUCGAUUCAUUUAUAGAAUUAUCCGAAGGUGAUCAGAUCCGAGGUGUAUAAGGUAAUUUUGAAGCCAAAUACGUGUAAAUGUUUUCCUACCGGCUUACUACACAUGUACCAUAAGGGUGAAGUUACGCAACCACCCACAAAUGCAGAUACAUGUAGAUGGUUUUGUCCGUGUACAAAUUUAUAGUUGAUAUAAGCCAUUAUGCAGACAUCAACAAAUGCAAGAAAACGGAAACAAAACACUUUCCCUGGCUACCCAAAACUUUGAAUAUGCUUAUUAUGUUGUGUUAAUGUAAGACUAGCCAAUAGGCCUACUUGUUAUAGAACUACUCAGAAACUCAGGUGGAAGUACUCUGUCAGCGUCGCGCAUUAAGCGUCCCGAUUUUGUCAAACUCCAAAUCUAAAUCGUAUAUGGCUAUAAUUAAGCUGUUACUGUAUGCGUUUAUCUUGCAAUACAAUGAAUUUAUGUUUUAUUUCUUGUAAUCUGAUUUACCAAUUCAACGUUUUGCAGCCUAAGGGCAGAAUGUACAUGUACAUUGAUUACACUUAAUACGUGAUUGAAUUAUACAAUCGAUUAAAAAGGUAAAUACUUGACGCUGAAAGAUGUCAGAAAAGAAAAAAAAAUCAUUUUACACCAAAACAACGCAAAAACGUACAAUCAGCCCUCUUUAAAUAAGUCUAUUUAUAGAUGAGCUAGAAUGUUAUCGUCGAGGUAUAAACGAUCGCCUUUUUCCCCAGCAUUUUUGGUUACCAAUUAAACUAUAUUAAUCCUAUUUGAAAAAUACACUUCGGAGUUUGACUGUAUGUGAAAUCAAAAUUCCACGAAACGCUUGCAGAACGGUAAUGGAUCCAUUAAAGUCCAUCAACGCUCUCCUGUUGUAAAAACGUAGUGGCCUGGAAUGCAGUAAUAUUUUGCACGAUUCACUGUCAGCUCGAAGGAAUUGUAAAAAACAAAAUGUUUAUAAAUUUAUAUGAAACUUGGUUGAUAUAUUAUUAGUGGUCGGGUUAGAAUAUUAAUUAUUGGCGGGUUGAAUAAUAAUUAUUCCAGUCCUGUGCUGUACUCGUUAUUGCCUCGGUAAUAUGUCCUUAAUUGUUUUUGUUUGUUCAUCCAUGGAAUAUGUUGUUUGCAUUAUGAUUAUGGAAUUAUGAAAUGCAAUGGAUCUACAGGAAAGAAGAACUUAUAAACAUUCUUAUUUCCAAGAAUAAUUAUUUAUU